GAGGCGGUGCUGAGGCGGCGCUGAGGCGGCGGGAACUUCGGUGGAAGUUGUUUUUGUCUUCAUGUGUGAGGCUGGAAUAUUAUGCACAUUACUAAGUUAUAAACCCCAAGACCUACCUAACUUCCAGAGACUGGAGCACGCCAGGCAUGAGCAGCGCACACCUUGGCGAGUGGCAGAGGAGGUCCUUUGACAUUUCAUCUGGCACAUAUACACCUGAACAGACGGCCGAUGCUUAUCGGGCACACAUCCUGUCCAUUCAGUAUGCAUGGGCGAGUGCCGAGCUCUCUCCGGCCGGAGCUGCCAGCCUGCUCAGGACCUACUCUGAGCGAUACGCUUCCGUCCUGGACUCAGAUGACCAGCACACAGGGCUCAACAACUACGCUGACAGCGCCCUUCACCUGGCCCGCAAUCAGAGGAACCACAGUGACAAAUGGGAGUCGUCCCUAACGACUGAAAAUGUGUUCAGCCUGCCGUGCAUACAGAAGAUGAUGCAAGCCAGGGCAGAGUUCCCUGUGGAUCCAGCUGCUGCUGACAUUAUUGUUGGAGGAGGGGUCAGCAAGAGUGAGGACAGAGGUAACACUGACUCUGUUUCUGCCGGUGGGUUGAUAUCAGAGCAUCGUUUGCCUGUAUAUCUUCCCAGUGCUGAGUUGGCAAAUGCAGUGAGUAAUUCUGUGAGUAGUGCUGCAGAGAAAGCUAGAUGCAAGGAGGGACCACAAACUGGCCUUCCUUCUGCCCAUAAUAUCCCAAGAGGUCAAGCAGGGGUCACACCUCUCUUUGGUCAUAAUACUCGCAAUUCUCCUAUCUACUCAAGCUCUAUUCCACAGUCUGGCUUUGGUAACACAAGCACGUCCAGUGCUAACAGUCACCAGUCUAUGUUCUUUUCAUCUACAAAUUCCUCCAAAAGGAAGAACUUUUACAGUUCAGGAACUGAAAGCAACAGAGGCCCAUUUCCAAACCAAGGAGGGCAAGAACUUGGAGGUGGUGGACGGAGAUGGGAGGAGUGUCCUGGCACUAAUUUUAAAACCGCACGAGAGCAGCUUAUUGUAGACCAGCAGAAAAAGCAUUCUCAACAGGCCAAGCGGGGCCCAUCAGCUAGUGUGGGCAUCAUAACCAAGAAAUGCCUCGGGGCAAAUCGAUCACGGGGAGCCUACUCAAAAUUUGUCUCACCCAUGCCAAGGCAGGAGGAGGAAGGCACUGCAAGGGAUGACCCACCUCAAGAUGCCCAGCCCAUUGAUGAGCGACUAAAGAACUUUGAGCCCAAAAUAAUUGAACUGAUCAUGAGUGAAAUUAUGGACCAUGGCCCACCUGUGGCUUGGGAUGAUAUUGCUGGGCUUGAGUUUGCCAAGGCCACCAUUAAAGAAAUUGUAGUGUGGCCCAUGCUGAGGCCAGAUAUUUUCACUGGUCUCAGAGGUCCACCAAAGGGGAUUCUCCUUUUUGGGCCUCCAGGUACAGGCAAAACACUCAUAGGCAAGUGCAUAGCCUGCCAGUCUGGAGCCACAUUCUUCAGCAUCAGUGCCUCCUCACUCACAUCAAAGUGGGUGGGGGAGGGGGAAAAGAUGGUGAGAGCACUCUUUGCUAUUGCCCGAUGCCACCAACCAGCAGUCAUUUUCAUAGACGAGAUCGAUUCUUUACUUUCUCAGCGCACGGACGGAGAGCAUGACUCAUCUCGCCGUAUUAAGACCGAGUUCCUUGUUCAACUAGAUGGAGCUGCCACCUCCUCUGAAGAUCGUAUCCUGGUGGUGGGAGCCACCAAUCGUCCACAAGAAAUUGAUGAAGCUGCCCGUCGUCGCCUUGCCAAACGACUUUACAUCCCACUUCCAGAGGCUGCCGCUCGUCGGCAGAUAGUGACCAACCUGAUGUUACGGGAGAAGAGCCAGUUGGGAGCUGAUGAGCUUGAGAACAUCAUAUUAGGCACGGAGGGGUUUUCUGGGGCUGACAUGACACAGCUCUGCCGUGAGGCAGCACUAGGCCCAAUCCGUAGCAUCCAGCUCAAUGACAUUGCCACUAUCACACCUGAGCAGGUGCGUCCCAUACUUUACUGUGACUUCCAGGAAGCUCUUAAGACUGUACGCCCCAGUGUGUCUCCAAAAGACCUUGAGCUUUAUGAGGAAUGGAAUAAAACUUUCGGCUGUGGUCGAUAAGCAAUGCGCUUUGAACUGUGUGGUUUCGUUUGUUUAAUGUUAUUUAAAGUAACAUGGAGCGGUGUCUGCAGACUGUAUCUGCUUUGAUAUUGUAAAGUUAAUAGGUGACUGUUUCAACAGUCCCCUGAACCAUUUUAUUGUUGAGUUCAUUGAUCUUUGUGACACAACACAGUUAUCGUUUGUGUUGUAACAUGUUGGAAAAUAAAUAAAAAUAUUUCUUAAAUUGA